AUGAAGAAUGAUGAUUUCCGUCGUCUUCCUCCACCACCAUUAUUUACAAUACGUCCACCACCUAAACCACCUGGAUCUUUAUUUGAAAAUUUUCAAACAGUUGAAAUUUUAAAUGGUCAAUGUAUACCACCAUCAUUAAAUAUUCUUAAUAUUUCAUCUACUUCUUCAACAAUUCUUCAUAAACAUGAAGAAACAUUCAAUUGGUUAAAUAUUGUUCUUCUGAUUUUGGCUGUAAUUAGUGUUAUUUUUUGUAUUAUUAUUGUUAUAUGUAUUUUUAUUUGUCUUAAAAAAUUAAAAAAAGAAGAAAAGCAAUAUAAAGAUUGUAUUAUGUCUAGUUCAUUAACAUCAAGAAAUCAUCAUCAACAUCAUCAUAUUGAUGGGUGUACUAGAACAAGUGAACAUUACAAGUAUACACCUAAUACGUUUCAUUGUUGUGAUGACUAUUAUUCUCAUCAAUUAAUACCAAGAAAGGACAAUUCUUCUCAUUGUAUGUUAAAAUCGAAUGAAGUUCUUCAAUGUUCAACAUUAGGAAACGUUACUGAUGGUCAAGAUACUCCACAAAAUCAUCAAUAUGAAUGUAUACCUGAAUAUAUAUUAACAAUGACUCGUCGUCAUCAUCAUCCUUCAAUAGUUUGUCAUCAUUCACAUCAAUUAUAUCAUCAAGCAAAUAGUGCCUGUAGUGUACCCUAUGCUACUUUUUCUCGAUCAUAUCUUAUGCCUCAAGGAGUAACAACAACGAAUACAAGUGAUAGUAGUCAAUGUACAUGUUCACCUCCAUCCUCAACAAAAGUUGCACAAGAAGAGUCAUCAACACCUUUGCUUACUUCAACAAUAUUGAAAGAAUCUCAUAAUAGAGAGAAUUCAUCACCAAAACCAAUGAUGAUUGGAUGGACAAGAAGAAAUUCAUCUUCAUCAACAAAACGAAAAACAACGGAAAAACAAUACAGUUUUCUAACUCAAUUACGUAAAUCAUCGUUACUAUAA